AUGUCAUCUAAUACUCCUGUUAACCCGGCUCCGGCUGUGGAUUACUUCACUCCUGAACAAUUAGUUGCUCCAGGUACUUUCUUCCCUCAAAAGGAAGGAGAAGUUGCACCAAAAAUUUUUCAACCAUUGAAAAUUAGAGGUUUAACUUUACCAAAUAGACUCGGAGUUUCACCAAUGUGUCAAUAUUCUGCUAACUCUAAGUUUGAAGCUACUCCUUAUCAUUUAAUUCAUUAUGGUCAAUUAUCUUUAAGAGGUCCGGGUAUUAUUAUUGUUGAAGCCACUUCAGUUUCUGAAGUUGGUGGUCUUUCUCCACAAGAUUUAGCUAUUUAUAAUGAUGAACAAGCUAAAUCUUUUAAACCAAUCGUUGACUUUGCUCAUUCCCAAGGUGGUUUGAUUGCUAUUCAAAUUGCUCAUGGUGGUAGAAAAGCUAGUGGUCAACCAUUAUAUGUCCAUUUGGAACAAACUGCUGAUGAAUCAGUUGGUGGAUGGCCUGAUAAAAUCGUGGCUCCAUCAGCUAUUCCAUUUAGAGAACAUGGUAAUUUGCAUACUCCAAGAGCUUUAACUAUUCCAGAAAUUAAAACGAUUGUUAAAGAAUUCGGUGAAGCUGCUAAACGUGCUGUUGAAAUUAGUGGAUUUGAUGCUGUUGAAAUUCAUGGUGCUCAUGGUUAUUUAAUUAGUGAAUUUUUAAGUUCAACCUCUAACAAGAGAACUGAUGAAUAUGGUGGAUCAUUUGAAAAUAGAAUUAAAUUCUUAUUAGAAGUCAUUGAUAGUGUUAGAUCUAAUAUUCCUGAAUCAGUUCCAUUAUUCUUAAGAUUUUCAGCUUCUGAAAAUUCUGAUGUUGAAGGUGCUUGGAAUAUUGAAGAUUCUAUUAAAUUAUCUAAAAUUGUUAUUGAAAAAGGUGUUGAUUUACUUGAUGUUUCAUCUGGUGGUAAUAGUUCUGCUCAAGUUUCAAGAAAAAGUCUAGUUAGAUCCAACGUUCCAGCUCAUCUUCCAUUUUCUAAAGCUAUUAAAGAAGCUGUUGGUGAUAAAGCUCUUGUUUCUUGUGUUGAAGGUUUGCAUAAUAAACCCGAAGAAGUUAAUCAGUAUCUUGAAGAUGGAUUAUUUGAUCUUGCAUUAGCUGGUAGAGGGUUUUUAAGAAAUCCAGGUUUAGUUUGGGAAUUUGCUGAUAAAUUGGGUGUUAGAGUUCAUCAAGCUAGACAAUAUCAAUGGGGAUUCUAUCCAGCUAGAGAACAAAUCCAAGAAUUAAUUAAAAGAACUGAAGAAUUGAAAGUUAAAGCUUAG